UCUCAGUGUCUCAAUGUCUCAACUUCCUGCUUUGCGAUUUCCACUCAUGCAACGUUUCAGCUACAACUGUUUACAUGAUUUUAAAAAUGUAUGGUUGAUAAACUACCAAGAAACAGAGCAGAAGUGUUAUUAUUUUAUUAUAUAUAAAUAUAUACAUAAACUACUGAAUAUACUGUAAAUUUUUUUUUUUUUGCUCUGUUUUUUCUCUGUAUAUAGGUUUGCAUAUUUUAUAGGACUUUUACUUCUAUCUACAAGGACUGAAUGAUUAUGAAACUUAAAACUUACAUGAAUACAAGAGUGAAACUUGGCAUGGUUAAAGGGGCGGGGCACCCGAGCCUGAAAACGAUUGUGUGGCCCAGUGGGGAAAAUGGCCGCCAGGGUCUACUGCUCAUCUUUUCUUGGAAAUGUAGACGAACGUUAUGUCUGAUAUUGCAUUGUUCUGAUCCAUUAUGAUGUUCUGCAAUCUGCUGUGCGCUUUUCUGCCCUCAUUGAACCCCUGCACUAAAAACUUUGCAAACACUCUCACUGUUCCAAGUGCAUACGAACGCAAACGAGCCACAGUCUCUUCAGGAUUUCAGGAUUUUGCGACUGCAGAAAUGAUCAUAAAAGUCGGAGGAGCGUGUCAUUAUUCCAAAUUAACGCCGAUUUGAGCCAAGACACGUGACGUCAUCACAAUACGCAGCCGGACAAAGCCGUCUUCAAUUCGGAUUCACGUCCUUGCAAUUGCACCAAAUCAAGCAGUUUUUCGCAAAUUUUCAUUUUGGGGAAAAAAGCAGAAAAUAACUCCUGUAUGUAAUCCUGGAGGGAUUUUCUAACACUUUCAUCAGGUUGGAAAAGUACCUCCAUAUUUGUAUAACCAUAUCAUUUUAGUAGAUUUCUGCAUUCCUGGGAAAAUGAACUUGCUAUAAAAUCUCAAAAAUCAUGACUCAAAUAUUUCCUUUAACAAUAUUUCCAAACAAAUCCUAAAUCCUUUAUCCAUUUAUAGUUACAUUUAAUGUUAUGGAACAAGUAUCACUUACAUUCUUUAUCAUGCAGUGGAACAAAAACAUGAAAAAUGUUAAACAUCACCCUGCAUGAACAUCACCACACCAAGGGUCCCGUUUUUUGUUUUCUUAAAUAAAAUAAUUACAGUGCAGCCGGGACUAUUCUCAGAGCUGCGGUUAUAGAACACUUUCUGACCAAUCAGAUUUGAGAAUUCGACACAACUGCUGCAGAAAUGAUUUUAAGGUCAUAUGGCUACUACAACUCAUCAUAUUAUUUAUUUAUAUCACUUGAACUGCCUUUUACCACAGAACCAAUUUUUUUUUUUUUUUUUUUUUUUAGCUAAGUGUACUUUUCCACCCUGGACUUCAUUUGUACGAAAUCCAUUAAAAAGCUCUGGCUCGUUUGAGUUCCUGUGACUCCUGCGUGAGAUCAGGAUGCUAAUCCAUCUGUCUCCUCAGCCAUUCCUUUCUAUCUCAGCGCUUGCUAUCUUCUCAAACUACAGUACAAAAAUCAUCCCAGGGCAUAGAAAAUGGCAAGCAACAAAUGGUUGGGGGAAGAGAAAAAAAAAAGAACAGAAAAGAAAGUAAAAAGAAAAGAAGGAAGUUGUGAGAAUUUUGAGCACAUUUGAGGGUGCUGGGUUUUCUGUGUGAAUGAUUGCCAAGUCUAUCCCAAUGAGAGAGAGCUAUUAGCAGUCAGAGUGCUUUAACUGCUCCUGCUGUACCUCUGAACUGCGCAUUCCUUCUGCUCCCUGGACUCUCGUUUUGUAAUUUUACUGAAUGAUGCGUCUCCGCUUAGCCCGAUAAUAAAGCACAGUCUAGAAUAAACCAGCGUUAUGCCUCCCCGA